AUUUGCAGUACCUAAUGCGCGUUAGUACGACACAGUCAACUCGACAGUGCCAGAGACAGUGCCGAUUUGCCCGCGAUCUAAACUUGACGUCUCCAAAAUCAAACAAAACAAGAAUAAAAAAUAUAAUUGAAGGUGAAUCAAACCAGUCCACGGAACAACUUGUUCGGGGAGGUCAACAACAAAUAAAACUUUGAAAUAUGACGGAGAACAAGAGUCCAGAAGAAUUGCAAGAACUUGUUCAACAAAUGCGGAAAUGGGCUUACGAAGAGCUACAGUUAUCCAAAGGUCUAGAGGACAACUUGCUAAGGAGAUUCGUUCACAGCUGCUACUAUGAUAUAGAUAAAGCGAAAGCCGCGGCCGAGCUGUUCUUCAGCAUUAGAUCCUCAUCACCGGACCUGUUCAGCAACAGGGACCCCCAAUCGGCGCAGAUGCAGAAAACUUUGAGUAUUGUGAAUCUGGCUCGUUUCCAGAUAUCACAGAACAGAAACCUCUGGAUAUGGCAGCUCAAUGAUCCCGGACUCGUACAGUACGACUAUAUUCAGGACGUGAAGUUGUUUUUCCUCGUAACGGACGCAUGGCUACUGGAUGAUGAGCAUCUGGAGAAUUCCGAUAUAGUUAUCAUGGAUGUGAAGGAUAUUACGCUUAAAUUCUUAAUGAAGUAUAACAUGUCUGUGGCGCGGAAACUUGCGAAAUAUCAAGAGGAUGCGUUGCCUAUACGAUUGAAGCAGAUUCAUUUGGUGAACGCUCCUUCGUUUAUAGACAAGAUAUAUGGGCUCAUGAAACCUUUCUUAAAACAAGACAUCACUAAUAUGUUACACUUCCACCCACCGAAGGCGGACACACUCCACAAGUUUCUAGACAAAGAUGACUUACCAGAAGACUACGGAGGUACACGUGGCAAAAUGGAAGACCACAUGAAGAAUGUUAUGGAACUAUUAGAUAGGAAAAGAGAACCUCUAAUAAGUGAAAACUUGUGGAGGGUAGAGAAAAAAUCAAAGAGCAAAUCAUCAAAUGAGCAACCUUCGUCAGCCGAUACAACAUUCCGCACACUCGAGAUCGAUUAGCAAUAGCUUAUUCUUAGAUAACCUUAUUACGGGUGACUUAGGGUAAGUGUCAUUCUUGCCACAUACCUAUGAAUGUAACUAGCUUACUGUUGAUCAGUCCUAGACCACUUAGGCAAUAAAAGGUUUAUUACAUUGUAAUAUAAUUAUAUAGAUAAUCGUAUGAAUCAAUAAUACAUGAUGGAUACGAUACAUUUUAUUAGAACCAAGCUGUUCGCUCCGGCUUCGCUCGAGUGUAAUAUUUUUAUUUAAUAUUUUAUUUAAUAUUUUUUUUCAUACAAUCUGUGUCCUGAUAAUUACAAAUUCAGAAAAAAAAAGAAUUAGUCAAACAAGUGCAUCCAUUUUAAAGUAAUAUGGUUACAUACAUUCGGCCAUUGAAUAUUAUUAUUAUUAUAAAUAAAACAGUGAUUUUACAUUUUUUUAUGCUUGCAACUGAUAAAUAACUCUGUCAGUUAUAAAUUGAUUUGGAAAAUUCUUUUUUUAUCUGAAAAUAUGUAUAUACUUAAAGACGGCCCUAUAGAAAUUUUUAUCAAAAUCACUAUGAAUGAAUUAUAAGUUCUCCAAUUUGAUGUUCGUAACUUCCAAUAAUUCGCUCGUUAUAAAAAAUAAAUUAAUAAUCAUUUUAUCAAUUCCAUUUUUUCAGGAACUCGAUUAAAAAUACAUGAAACGUAGAUUAACAAAAAAAAAAAAACAACCAAAGGAUAGAUAAUAAUAAUAUUUAUUUUAUUUUUUAUAUACGAGUCUUUCUUGCUCUCAGAAAUACCUAGAAAUACUAUUAUAUUACUUAUUACAAAUAAUGUGAGCGAAGGUGAACUUAUCUCUGAAAGAGAUCUCUUCCAGUCAACCUAACACUGGUAUAGGAAGACUAGAGUGGGCAUUUGUAAUGUAAGAGAGUAUUGAAAACAUAUGUUUAAAUACUAUAUAAUAUGUAAAACCUACAUAUAUACAAUAUAUAGAUAGUAUGUUAAUACAUAGAUAAUAAUAUGUCCAUAAACAAAUAUAAAAGUAAUACACCUCAACACACCAAGAAACUAUUAAGCGCUAUAAAUAUUCAUCCCUUGGAAAUGGAUAUAUAUUUGCAACGUUUGGAGUUGAGACUCUGGGCCCAUGGGGUCCCGAGGCCAUGAGUCUUUAUAAAGUGAUACCUCGCCGGCUAGUAGGAACCUCUGGCGACCAGAAGCCUUCUGGUUAACGCAUCUCCAUAGCCAUUCAGCGUGGAAAUGCAGCAAAUCUCCUAGGUACCCUACCAGUUGGUAGUGACCUCGAAGAAUUUAUCUUUAAUUAUUGUUUUAGUUCUUAUUAUCUAAUAUUAAAUUGAUUUUUUUUAUUAUAAAAUAAUAAAUACAUAAUUAGUAAAUGUAUCUGAAUUAAAUAUAUGUGAACACAAUGAUGACAAUCUUAAUCAAACUAUAGUGAAGAGGUAAUAUAAUUUGACUCUCUUCUUUUUAAAGAUCCAAUUGCCCAUGAUGAAGUUAAUUUCGUAAUUAACUAUGUUCAAGGCCUCUAAUGUUUUUAAAAUAUUACCACAGCAAUGGGAAAUUAAUUAUUAAAUUAUAAAAUGGUGAAAAAUGUCAAAUCGGUCAAUUUCUGACAUCGUGUUUAAUUUAAUGGAUUUCCGUCCAUAUAGAUAGAAUACUUGAAACUAUUGACUACUUAUUAUGUAAUAUUACAGGGUAGAUUAGUAUUUUAUUAAUUUUAUGGAACUAAAUAUUUGAAUGUUCCUUUGUAGAAGUAAUAUAGUCGUCAUCAUCAUAACAGCCGUAAACAAUCCACUGCUGAACAAAGACCUUCCGCAUAAGAGAAGAUUUGCUUGCAGUUGCACGUUUGGCAGGCGGAUUGGCAACCGCAAUUAGGUUUUAAUGAUAUUUUUUAAGAAGGGGCAUUGCUGUCUAUCGCUCGACUAUUAAGUUCUUUUAGUCGCCUCGCCUAGAGGUGGCCUAUUCUACGCUGGGACCACACACACAGCGGUAUAGUGUUCUAGAAUAAUAAUACUAUUAUCGUUGUUGAAUAAUAACUAUCGUGAGUCAUACUGAAUUGUUAUCUAUAGCUUUCAUACAUCCUCCGAUUCUGUAUAUAUGUAUAAGAGAACUACCAGUUAGUUUAUGUAUACUACUGUUCUGUUACUUAUACUGACAAUAUGUUAGACUGAGCGAAUAAUUGAUUAGAGAAGGUCUCUCUUCUCUCUCUCUCUCUUUGUUAGAUACUUGUAUUUUGCUUUAUUCCUUUGGUCGCUCCUCAUUAUAUCUUGGAUAUAUUUCGGUUUAGGUUUCACCAUAUAUUUAUUUGUUCAUUCUGCCAUUUGUCUCACACUUGGGCUAUUGUGCAUAGAGUAUGAUCAAUCUAGCCAGUCUAGAGUUGUUCAGAAGUUAACAGUUAUUACCACAGUCCCUUGGGAUGGACUACAAUGCGUUUAGAUUCUGAACCUCCUGGUUAACCAAGUUUUUACACUUCAUGCGAGAGUUUUGAUGCAGCAAAUGAGCUUGUGUUUCUUUAGCCUUCAUACAACAUUCGACUCUAGAUAUGCGUAGAUGUGGACUGCCAGUUUCUAUACCUAUUAAUAACACACACAUUUCACACAUACGGUUCAAUAUAUUUGUAUAAAUGUAAGUACAAAGAUGGAUCAGAAUGUUUUCUUUAAUUCACGUUAACAAAGCCGCGGGUUGGAACUAGUUUUAUGAACUUUACUUUUUGCAGAGUUGUUUAAUGUUUGCUAACACUACGUAACCAUUCAAUAACGUUUAAACAGAUUAAUAAAAACUUCCUUAGAUUAACGUAUAGAAAAGAUUAAUUUCUGUAGCAUAAAUGCCAUAUAGCCCUGGCAUUCAAUGGAUCGCCCCUUUCUUUGUCAAGGGGCGACUAAGGGAACUUUAUGGUCGAGGAAUAGGCAGCAGCAUCCCGCUUAAAACAUUACCAAAAACCUAACUGUGAUUGCGAACUCGUCUGCAAAGCGUGGCAACUACGGACAACACCCUCCUUAUGGGAAGGUCUAUGUUCAGCAGCAGACAGUUAACGGUUCAUACGAAAUGCAUUGUUACUGAAUCUGUUUUAUUUAUGUAACUGAAUUGAUAGAAUUUUGCAUACUUAUGUAUUGUAAAUAUAUUAUUAUUAGAGUUGUUUGCAACAUGUGUUUACUUUGAAUAUUUAUUACUUCGUCAUGUAACCAUUCAAAAACUUAGGUACAGGAAAUUGCAAUCUCCAUCGAUAAUAAAUAAUGCUCUCUCAGGUGGACAUCGACGCGGUUUGGGGAGGAGGGAUUGUUAGUAAUAAGGAUUAGCGGCCCCACUGCUAGCUAUACCCCCUGUCAGAUCUACUUCCGCGUAGUUCUCCUGGGAAACCAUUGUGAUUUAUUCUGACUGACUAUGACAUACUGAUCUCUUGUCAUCCUCACCGUUUAGAGAACGCAUGUGGAGUUACUAAAAUUUAAAUAGUCAUUUCAAUACCUUUCCAUGGUCAUUUUGGUAAGAAAUAAAAAAAUAUAUAAAAUUAAUUUUUAUUAUUAAAUGUCUUAAAAACUAAGAUGAGGUGUGAAGAUAAAAAUCUGUAAAUAAAUUUAUUCAACAAAUAAAGAAACAAAUUAAGUCUGAUAUUAUAUUUUUUACAUAAAAAAUGUAUUUUAAUAAUGCUGAUAUACUAGUAUCUCCAUGAGAGAUUUAUUACAUACAUACCAUAUAUGGUCAUAUUUAACAAAUUAUAAAGUUAUUAAUAACAAUAAUGUAAUUGUUAUUUUAGAUUUAGCAUAGUUGAUAUUUAUGACCCUAUUAUGUUUGGUACUGUAAUAUGUUCUUUAACGAAGUUAUUUUUAGAAGAAUACUAUAUUUUUAGAAACAUCGAGUAUUCACAAAAUAAACUGUACAAAUGACACUUUUUUUAUCUAAAUAUGUAAUAAAAGUUGAACAAGACUAUUGUGAUUUGUAAAUUUAAGAAUAAAUAAUAAUAAAGAUAUUUAUUAAUACUGGUGGUUGUUGGCAUUUCUAGGAACUUUGAAUUUGUGUUCAAAUUAUUAUUCUUACUUUAAUUGACUGUGAAAAACUACACGACGUGUGUCGUCUUUGUAUUCCAGUAUAAUUUAAAAAUGCAUUUGUUAAUAAAUAUUGUUUUCUUUUAA